CGGCGCGCUUUCUCCUGCACGCGCUACCGGUACGUGCGGGUGCGGAGGCUACCCUGAGAGUCCGGCGUGCUCGGAGCCCGCGGGACCCGGAUUGGCCCUGGGUCGUAGGAGCAUCUUGCAUCCGUCGACUUUGGAGGCCCCGCCGAGUGGGGGCCACGCGAGACAGUGGCCACAACUAAGGAGGAGCCAGAUGUGCAAAGCAGGUGUGAAAGCCAGGCGGGCAGCAGCCUCAGAGAUGAAGGCCUGCACGAGGGGCCGGUGGACACCAGUGCGCACGUGGGGUUGAACCGCGCUGCCCUGUGGCCACAAGAUUCCGGCCCCGAGAACAUGACAACAGCCCAGAACGGCCAUGGGCGACUUGCUGCAAUCCCCUGUUCAGUCUCAGAACCGCCAGACCCCAACAUGGUUAUUUACCCAGCCUGCCAGAAUGGGGGAUGCACUGGUGACAAGGAAGCCCAGGACUCCAGGCUAGGCCCUGCCAGGUUUGUGCGCCUCUUCUCGGUGAGCAGGAAGAGGACAGGCGCCAACCCUGAGAGGCCCCGCUCCAUGGUCCUGAUGGGGCACUCCUCCACUUGGAACGCCUUGGCCUCCUUUCGGAAGAUGGGAUCUUUUAAAAAACUGAAGUCCUCUGUCCUUCAAGGAAUUCAAAAUCGAGAGGGGUCUGAUGCAGCCAAGGAGGAGGCCUCGGAGCCUGAUUUGGGCCCAGCUCUCCCAAAUGGGGCAGCCGUGGUAGUCCCAGCAGGGAGGCGCGGCUCCUCAGAAACCCCCAGCGGACUCCCCCAGCCUGGGCCCACCUCCGACGGCUCGGAGCCCGAGGAGGCGGACGACGCCUUCCAGAGGAGCACGCACCGCUCCCGCAGCCUGCGCCGUGCCUACGGCCUGGGCCGCAUCAGCCUCCGGGACUGCGAGCACCACGGCCUGCCCUUGCCCUCCGCCAUCCAGGAGCCCCCAGUGUGCGCCAUCCUUGUGAAAGACUCCGAGAACAACAGCAUCGCCUACCAGAGGAGCAAGAGCACCGACAACCUGAACUUCCUGAAGAAGGGCUCCUUCAAAAGGAAGUCUGCCUCCAACCUCGCGGACCUCCGGAUGGUGUCCGACAGGCCCACGCCCCGACGGACGCUAAGCAGCAGCUCUGCGGACUCAGAGAAGCUCGGCGGGUCUGAAAGGAGGACGAAACGCUGGAAGAGCCCCAUCAGGGCCAAGGACUUUGACCGAGUCCUCAGGCUGGUGAGCAGUGCCACGGAGGCAGCCUUGAAGCGAGAGCGUCCCAGGAGCGGGGCGUCCAGCCCCAGUGACCCCGCUCCGCGGCCCAGGCCCCGCAGCCGCCUGCAUGAAGACUACUCGCGCCGGGUGUCCAGCAGCGUGGAGCUGGAGCGGAGGAGGUGCGCCACUGCCCCAGGUUUCAGCCCGGCUGGCCUGCGUGACCCCCACGUGGACGUGGAGACUGCGGUGUUUCCUCUUGAGGACCAAAGCAACGAUCCUUGCGCUGGUAGCUCAUCACCGAAUUCAACUGCCCAGGAAGUAUCGCGCCAAGAUUCCCAUGAACCAAAACCUGGCAGCCAGCUUAUGUUGGAACCUGAGCAGCCUGUUACGCCGCUAAGGCCCACCGCACCCAAGCCCCCCAGCCCUCAGAGCCCAGGCACAGGAAAUGUCAAAUGUGCCAACAAUCUCAGCGCCCUAUCCUUGAGUUCAGUGGACAGUGACGGAAGGGCAGAAGGUCUUGUGUCCUUCCCAGAUUCGGUGCAAGUCACAUGUGACAGAGGCAGUGAGGACAGUGGUUCCAGCAGCCACCCUCAGCUGAGCCUUGGCGGGGCUUCAGGUUUAGAAGAAAAGGAGGAGGAGGUUUUUACUGAGGAAUCCUGGAGGCGGGGCUCAUCCCUGGAGGAAGAAAGGACAGAGCCUCAGAGGAUCUCCAUCUCCAGGAGGAGGUGGGGCUCUGGGAGAAGGUCAAGGCCUCGCCCACUCUCAGACUAUGGCCAGUUGGCCAGCCGAAGCCUGUCUAUUCCUGAAGACUCCAUUGCUGUGGACCCCCAGAAGGAGGACGUGAUGGACAGUGGCCGCCAGCUGAGCAUGGCCUCCACGGUCCCUGCAGACCAGAAGGCUGCUGUGGGCUGCCCCAAAGGAGGCCAGAGAAGACGCCCCAUCUCUGUGAUAGGUGGGGUCAGCUUCUAUGGGAACAGCCAGACAGAAGCAAUAGAGAAUCUUCUAACCCAACCAGCAGCCAGGCCUCCCGUGCCAGCUCACCAGGUGCCACCCUACAAAGCCGUGUCAGCCCGGUUCCGGCCGUUCACAUUUUCCCAGAGCACCCCCAUUGGGCUGGACCGCGUGGGGCGACGGCGGCAGAUGAGAGCGUCCAACAUUUCCUCAGAUGGGGGCACUGAGUCGUCGGCUCUAGCGGAUGACAACGGCAGUGAGGAGGACUACAGCUAUGAAGACCUCUGUCAGGCCAGCCCCAGAUACCUGCAGCCGGGCGGGGAGCAGCUGGCCAUCAACGAGCUGAUCAGCGAUGGCAGCGUGGUGUGUGCAGAAGCCCUGUGGGACCACGUGACCAUGGAUGAUCAGGAGCUGGGCUUCAAGGCAGGAGAUGUCAUCCAGGUUCUGGAAGCCUCUAACAAGGACUGGUGGUGGGGCCGGAGCGAGGACAAAGAAGCCUGGUUCCCCGCCAGCUUUGUCAGAUUGCGAGUCAAUCAGGAAGAGCUGUCCGAGAAUUCCAGCAGCACCCAGGGUGAGGAGCCGGAGGAGGAUGCUGGCAAGAACCGCCAUAAACACUCGGAGAGCAAGCACCAGAUGAGGACCAACGUCAUCCAGGAGAUCAUGAACACCGAGCGGGUAUACAUCAAGCACCUCAAGGACAUCUGUGAGGGCUAUAUUCGACAGUGUCGCAAGCACACGGGAAUGUUUACUGUUGCGCAACUAGCCACCAUUUUUGGAAACAUUGAAGACAUUUACAAAUUCCAAAGAAAGUUCCUGAAAGACCUUGAGAAACAGUACAAUAAAGAGGAACCUCAUUUAAGUGAAAUAGGAUCCUGCUUUCUUCAACAUCAAGAGGGCUUCGCGAUCUAUUCCGAGUACUGUAACAACCACCCAGGCGCCUGCGCCGAGCUGGCCAACCUGAUGAAGCAGGGCCGGUACCGGCACUUCUUCGAGGCCUGCCGCCUGCUGCAGCAGAUGAUUGACAUCGCUAUUGAUGGCUUCCUGCUCACGCCCGUGCAGAAGAUCUGCAAGUACCCCCUGCAGCUGGCCGAGCUGCUCAAGUACACCACCCAGGAGCACAGUGAUUACAAUAACAUAAAGGCAGCAUAUGAGGCCAUGAAGAACGUAGCCUGUUUGAUCAAUGAGCACAAACGCAAGCUGGAAAGCAUAGACAAGAUAGCCCGGUGGCAAGUGUCCAUCGUGGGUUGGGAGGGACAGGACAUUUUAGACCGAAGCUCAGAAUUGAUCCAUUCUGGGGAGCUGACCAGAAUCACUAAGCAAGGCAAGAGCCAGCAGCGGACAUUCUUUCUGUUCGACCACCAGCUGGUGUCUUGCAAGAAGGACCUGCUGCGCAGGGACAUGCUCUAUUACAGGGGCCGUGUGGACAUGGAUGACAUGGAGCUCGUGGACCUAGAGGAUGGGCGGGACAAGGACUGGAAUCUCAGCGUGAAAAACGCCUUCAAGCUCGUCAGCAAAACCACUGAUGAGGUGCAUUUGUUUUGUGCCAAGAAACAAGAAGACAAGGCGAGGUGGCUGCAGGCGUGUGAGGAUGAAAGGAGACGGGUGCAGGAGGACCAGGCGAUGGGAAUGGAAAUUUCUGAAAAUCAAAAGAAACUAGCCAUGUUAAAUGCUCAAAAGGCAGGACAUGGAAAGUCAAAAGGCUACAGUGGCUGUCCCGCGGCCCCGCCACACCAGAGCUUACACCCCAUGCAUCAGCGCCACGUCACCGUGCCCACCAGCGUCCCUCAGCAGCAGGUGUUCGCCCUGGCAGAACCCAAGAGGAAGCCUUCGCUGUUCUGGCACACCUUCCACAAACUCACCCCUUUCAAGAAAUGAAACGGGAGGGCCGCACUUGGACUGUGCUCAAUCCAAGGACACUCUAUGGCCCCGGUGCUGGAAACUUCUUUUGGGGGUGAAUACAGACGAGAAGGACUUGGGCUCACCUUCAGUCUUCAGAGACGCAGCUGCCUCCUUGGAAGGGGGAGAAGGUGGUGAUGCUUUCACAUGCACAGGAACCUUCUGUGACCUGUGCCAAGGGGGCCGAGACUGAGGACCUGGUGACGUGCUCUAAAGUGAGUGCUGAGCAGAGAGCCCUGCGAGCCUCGCUGAUGACGAGUGUGCUGCAGCCCAGGUCCACAGUGCUGCGAGGAGGGGAGGAAGGGCGGGUGACGUAGCGCUUUUGCAUUUGAUUUGAAGGGAAUGGUGGUCCUCGGGUUGGUGCGAGACUGCCUGUCGCUGGCACGGGAAAGCCCUGCUUCUCUCCCCUGGUAUUAGGAGGGGAAUUACCACAGACGUCGUGUUCCCAGGUGUCAUCUGAAUCUACGCCUUUGCCACGUGGGAGUGCGGUCUUCAUCCUGCCUGGUUGCUCUGCCCUUGCAGGCUGGAGGGGAAAGCAGGAUGAGCCUGUUGCGUGGCAGGGAGGUCUGCAAGCACAGCAGCUGACUUCAGCCUCCCGACGGUGAGGCUGCUUUCCAGAGAGGGAGGGAGGCAGAGGAAACCCUACGCGGGCUAGGUUGGCCCUUCUCAAGUCAGGUACUCUCCUGCCCACGCGCAGUGUGUAAACUCCAUGAGCAGAAACCAUGUCUACGCACACAUCAUAACCUAAGAACAUUCAGACAUAUCUGUUUGCAAUAUAAAAAUCCAUUCACUUUAAUGUAAAGUGAUUAUGCAAAUGCACCAAUCAAAAGGCAUUCUUACUGCAUCAGUUACUCCUGGCGCCCUUGACAAUUAAAUUAUAAUGGCAUUUACAGCCCCCUGAGAAAGCAUGAGCUUCCGAGCAGUCCAGCUGCAGAUGCGGAGUGCACUUGGUUGCAUAAACCCGAAUAGUAGUGCUAACUGUGCCAUUAUUAGCAUGUCAACAAGUGUCUACAGAGUCCACUUUAUAAAAGAGACCUUAACAAAAUAUAUCUAGACUCAGAGAGCAGUCUUUUUUUAACGAGGGCCACAUGGGCUGAUACCUAUCAACAGUUUUUUCCUAGUCUUUGCCUAUAAUGUAAAUUUUGUUGAAACCAACUUUUACGUAUGUCUGGAGAAGACAGUCUCUGCAAGCGAGAUGCCAUUGUAUUUACUUAGUGCACUGGAUGGGCGGGUGUUGUAUGACACCAUUUGUGGUUUUCUAUUUGAGAAUCUCUUUUUUGUAUGCUACUCUCAGAAAGUUCUUUUUUCUACUAGACCCAUGCUUGAGAAUAAACAAACCUGUGCUGUCAAAUGCGGAGGUGUAACCUGAGUCUCUGGGUGCAUGGUUCCUCCCCUCUCUACAUCUUCCCCACACCCGGAGCUGUUCCUGAUGGAGGUGAAGUCCUGUAACAAGGAGACAAAAUCCUGGACCUCUUGGGUGAAGCUUAGCACGACGUAAUGUAGCAGUUUGUCAGAAAGUCAUUCCUGCUCUUGAGCCCACUCUGCACCUCCGUGUGCUCCCUGCUGGGCAUGUGGCUGGGAGGUCGUACCGCCCCAUGGCCGAUGACCCCGGCCGCUUCUGUGAGGAAGUUUCUAAGGAGGUGCUGUAAGUGCGUGCGCGAGCAUGGGUGUUUCAUUUUUGAGUAGACAUCUCAAUUUCAGUUACAUUUAUAUAACUGACCCUUUUACUAACAAAAAAUGAUAUAUUUUGUAAACUAUACUAAAUAUGCUUUUUGUGGGCCCCUCAGCAAUAACUAUAGGGGUCCUUGUGCUAAAUAGAAUUGUUUGUAUAUACAGCAGUUUUGAACAGUUGGUUGUGUUUUGUUUUUAAUAUAACAGAAUUAUGUUAAGGAAGCAAAGAGAAUUAUUUGCUUAGGUUAUAUUUUAAAUGAGUAUUCAGCGAGUUAAGAGCCACUCAGUGGGCUUCCACUUACUAAUAUUUAUUAAUGGGCAAUGAAGAAAUGCUUUAAGUUCUGUGACCAGUCCCGACUUAUUUCCCAGCUGAGCCCUAACGUUGGUCCCCACCGCUCGUUCAUGGGCUCCUACCAAGAACAGGAAGCUCGGAGCCCUGGGCCUGCAGGGCCCUGGGGUCUGUUAGCUCUGUGCUAUGUGAGAGUCACCUGAUCAAAGAUCUGUUUUUUGUGGAUCCUGCUUGGGUUUUCAGUUGAUUUUGAAAACUGCUAAAAUAGAUUUAAAAAGACAGAACGUUCUUUGACCUCUAAGUCAGCAUGUCUAGCUUUGGUUGUUUUACCAAAUGCCUGAGAUCUAUAAAGAAUAGAUGGCUCAAGUAGUCUAAUUUUAGUUUGCCAAGCUUCCUUCUUGACUUAAGUCACAUAUUCCACUUGGAAAAAAACAGCCUCUAUAUGCAUUACAUAUGAAUGUCAUUGGGAAUCUCACUUUCUCUGUCUUUCUUUCUCUCUUUUUUUAACCCUACAUUGCAUAAAAUUGUGGACUAAAAAAAAGAAGAGCUGAUACAGAAUUUUGAUGACUUUCACCUAUUCUAUCAUUCAUAUUCCAGAAUUUGACAACUCUAUUGAAAGACAGUUGCACUGGCCUUGGGUCAAGAGCAACCCAAUGUUGGCCAUACCUAAAAUGCAGGGCAACUUUGCAGUAGAUAAAAGCAAUCAUAAAAUGGGAUAUUUAUAAAAUUCUGGAGAAGUAGCAUUCUUUGUCUUUGGGCUGAAAACUAGAAAAAGAGUGGCAGCAGCUUGCCAGAGCUUUGAUGGGACCAUCUGCAUAGUUUGUUUUCAGUAGAUCUGAUCUCUUUCACCUGGGUCUGAUAUUGUAGUUGAAAACAUUUCAUUUCCAUCUGGCUGCUAUUUCUGAAUAUUGUUGUGUCUUUGUAUACCUAAUCUAGAUAAGGACUAACUUCGUGCCUGUUCAGAAAAUCCCUUCAAUCCUAGACACAGAGCAAAACUGCAUUUAAUUGAAAAUUUGGUUCACAAUAGAAAUCUCUUGCAAAAGACAUGGGAUGCGGUAUUUUACCAAUUGGAGAUAAUAAUAUGCCCAAAUUGCUGGUAUUCCUCAAUAAAGUCAACUUAUUUAGCCAGAGUAGAACAGCCUGAUUAUCUGGAGUUAGAGGGGAGAAAACAGAUGUGUCCCUCACAGGACAGUGCCAACAAGCGUGAAUACAUGUCCUUUCAAGGCUACAGGACACACACAAAUCAACUAGGUCAAACUGCACAAAAACAGCCAUCCCCUGCAAUAAACUUAACCUACAUAUUGUUCUCUCUGUUAAAAUUUCACGUGGCUCAUGCUGCUCUCAGGAUGGACAUGGUGAAAGUGGAGUUCAAAAGAUUUUGAAAAAAAAAAUAAGUAAAAACUAUCUGAUCUUGAAGAGCCCAAAAGUUUAAAUAUUUGAUGCAAAUGUACUUAGCUACAAUAUACAUAACAAUAUUGCAUUUAGUUAUUCCAUAGGCAUCAACAUUUGUGUUUAGAAAACACUUCAAUUGAGGCUGUGAUUUCAUACUUAGUCUCUUUUGUAAGUAUUAGGAUCAUUCAUGUUUGACUUAUGUACUUUGCAAGGGUUUUAGUAACCUUUACAUUUCAACCCAUCAAUAAUCAAGAUGAUGUUACCUGUAUAAAUUGUGACAGCUUCCAAACUGAUGAAUUGGCUGUCGACAGGUGAAAGAUGUUAUACAAGAUUGCUGUAACUUGAAAUGUAUUUUUGUUGAAUGAAGUUUUUGUAAAACAUAUAUAUAUAUUUACAAUGUUAUUUGAAUGAUUUGUUGUAAAUGCUGUGAAUCUAUAUUUGUUUUGUA